AUGGACCAAUCACAGCACAGCCUCGGGUCUAUAUAUAAAGCAGCUCUCAAACCCCCUUCACACAACCUGCUGCAGGUAAACCAACACACACUGCAUCUCGCAAAGCCACACACACUCUCCAAACCACACCAUGUCGUUCAGAAACACCUCCAGGAGUUUCUCCAGCUCCAGUCGGGUGGGAUUGGUUCCAGGGGCAAUUUAUUCGGAGGCAUUUCUGCAUCCGCUAUUGGGAAUCUGGCAAAUACUCUGCGUCCGCAACUGCAGAUCAACAGCAAUGCUUUCGCCCCGGCUGAUGACAAAGAGACCAUGAAGGGUCUGAAUGACCGUCUGGCCGGGUAUUUGUCAAAAGUGCGGCUCCUGGAGGAGUCCAACAAUAAACUGGAGGAGCAAAUCAAAGAGGCUCUGCUGAGGAAAGGAGCCGACAGCGGCAGAGACUGGAGCGCCUAUGAGAAGAAUAUACUAAAUUUCAGUGAAUGA